UCGUCCAACCUGGCAACCCGGACUCCUCCACUUCCUUCAAGCUGAACGCGACAGGACGAGCUGUUUUUCAAAUAUAUAAUUAUAAACCUUUAUUCAGCCUUAACUCAGUUCUUCUUCUUCAUGUAAAACAACUUUAAUUCAACGAGUUAAAAAAAAAACUAGAAACACUUUUAUCACGUCUUCCGGGGUGUACCUGUUGUUAUGGCAACGACUGGAGCGAUCGUUGUGCGUUGAAGAAAAAACAAACAAACAAACAAACAAACAAACAGCAGCUGUCGGUGUUUCCUGCUGAUUAACAACCGGAAAUCAAGCAGCUGUCCCCGCGUCAUGGCGCACUACAGAGCCGCGGAGUCCAAGCGAGAGCAGUUCAGAAGGUACCUGGAGAAGUCAGGGGUCCUGGACACCAUCACCAGCGUUCUAGUGGCUCUGUACGAGGAGACGGACAAACCCAACAACGCUCUGGAUUUCAUAAAGGUUCACCUCGGGGGGGCUGGUCCAGAGCCGGCGGACACCGACACUCUUCGCAUGGAGCUCGCCGACCUCCAGCAGAAGUGCAACCUGCUCAUGGAGGAGAACAAAGAGCUGAGGAACAGGCUCAUGCAGUAUGAAGCGUCACCUGAAGAGGGAGCUGCAGAGUAGAGACGCGUUCUCUCGUCUUCUUUCAACAAAAUAUACGAAAAAAACUGGAAUUUUUUCGAAUAUGUAAAUGUUUAUUACAUAAUAAUACGGUGAUCACAAAGUCACUGUUUUUUUUUUUGUUCUGCAACAAGAAGCAACUUUUGUUUUCUCACAUUAAAAAUGUGUUUUUCAGCA